UGCGAGGGCCUGGCCAUCGGCACCAGCCUGCUGGCCUACCUCGUCAACAGCCUUGUCAAUGUGUGCCUCAUCGGCACGCAGAACCUCUUCACCCUGGUCGUGGCCCUGUGGGACUCCGUCGCCGGUCCCUUCCUCAGAGUCACGGACUUGCUGACUGCGUUCCUCGCACACGUCUCCAGCAGUGCCAUCGCUGUGUCCAUCCUGCUGUGGUCGCCCUGUCAGCUGGCCUUCGAGCUCCUGGCCUCCGUCGCCGAACUCUUCAUCAACAUCUUCUUUGUGAACAUCUACGGCCUGGGCUUGCUUCUCCUCAUUAUUGUUGUCAGCGCCUUUGUCUUCAACCCCGGGCUGCUGUGGACGCUGACAGGCUACGUGCUGGGCUACUUCAACACGCUUCUGCUGCGAAGGUCGGCGGCAGGCCAGCGUCUCCAGCCGCCCAGGGAGGAACCGAGCACCUCCUGGGGGAAAGCUCUGAGGAGGCAGCAGCUGAAUGCAGCAGCUGGGGAUGGUGAGGGCGUUCUGGAUAAUGACCCCUGGGUGCUCCUGAAAGAACAAGAGGAACGUAAGAAAUGUGUCAUCUGUCAAGACCAAACCAAGACAGUCCUGCUUCUGCCCUGCAGGCACCUGUGCCUGUGUCAGGAGUGCACAGAAGUCCUCCUGCAGCAGGCCAUCUAUCAGCGCAACUGCCCGCUGUGCCGCCAGAUGAUCCUCCAGACGCUCAAUGUGUACUUGUGA